CCGGGAGGGGGGACGAGCAGGGAAGUUGGGAGGAGGAAGCGGAAGUCGAGCCCGGUGGAGACUUCGAAUGGGGAGUGAAGCUUCCGGGGCUAGAGUCUCUUUGAGGAAACUAAGUUAGAGCGGCCCGGCCCGGCUGGGAACUAAGGGAAGAACCCGAGAUUGGCCCAUAUAGUUCAUCAUGGGUGAUAUGAAAACGCCAGACUUUGAUGAUCUCUUGGCUGCGUUUGAUAUACCUGACGUAGACACAAAUGAAGCCAUAAACUCUGGGCCUGAAGAUGAGGAGGGACAAGAGAAGUCUUCCAGUGGGGAGAGUUUGGACCAAGGACUUCCUCAUGGUGACAUCACUACUGUCAGUGUUAUAGUCAAGAACACUGUGUGCCCUGAUCAAGUUGAACUUUUGGAAAGUCAUUGCAAGGAUCCACAAGUUACCGGGCCCCGGCUACUGCAGAAUGGCUUUAAUAACACUGAUGUCACUAGAUCUUCUGCUCUGAUGUCCAUGGAUUCUGCUCCCACAGCUUCAAUUGGUGGAGAGGGUUGGGCAGCACAAUCAAAAGGGCCAAAACCCAUAGACUUAUUCACUGAGUUUAGUGCUGUGGACAAUCCCAUGGACGGCCACACAGCUGAUUUGAUAGACAGGCCACGGGAUAUCAAACCCAAAGACAAGACAAUGUUCCAACCAGCUGAUCCAGUGCUUUGUUCUCCAUCCGUCAAUGUGGUGGAGGAGAGCAGCCACAGUUUAUCUAGAGGAACACCACAAACUUUCAGUAUAGCUAAACUCACUGCGGACAGUGCAUCAUUCGGACUGCCAGUUGGACCUCCCUCAAUCAAGCAGGAGCCACAGGAUGAUACAAGCAGCAAUGAUUGCGUUCAGAGGGAGGAAUUGGCAAGGGAAUGCUCACUGGAGAACAAGAAGUCAGACUCUCUUCUGUACCCUUCUGAAGAACCUCCUCUUCCCUCUUGGUCAGGGCCAGAGCAGAAAUCCGAAGCCUCUGUAAAUAACCUUGCUCCAACAAAGAGCCAAUCCUACCCAAUGGAUACAUUGCUGAAGAGUUCUCCGACCCCUGAGCCUAAUGUAGAUGUUCCAGAUAUUCCAAAGGAACCCAAGAACAGCUCUGUGAUUGAGGCUCCAGGAUUGAAGGAGGAGCCAGGAUGGAGCCCGAAAAGUUUGUCCAGUGAUGUAGAGGAAGAUGAGAGUAUCAGCUCUCCCUCUUCUAACUCAUCCAGACCCCUGAAGGUCCGUAUUAAGACCAUCAAAACCCGGUCUGGAAGCAUUACGAGGACCGUCACCAGAGUUUCCUCUGAUUCAGACACUGUUUCUUCAACCCCAGUGAAGGGAGAAUCCCCCCAAGAAGCGGCUUCAGAGGCCUCUCCUGAGAAGAACACAGAGGCAAAGGAAGAGCUCAGUCAGUUGGCUGAAAAGGACUCUGAACUCUCCAGCCCCACAAAGGCUGAGACUUCCCAGACGGUUAAUGCCCAGCUGGGUAAUGGGGUUCAACUCAAAGGCUCAGUGCUGCCUGUCUCCACCAUCCAGAAUGCCAGCAGUGUGAUGCUCAUGGCAGCCAGUGUGGCACAGCAGAAAGCUGUGGUGUUGCCUUCAAAGCCCAACAAAGUGAUGACCAAGAAUAUCAUCCACCUUGUGCAGCAGCAGCCUCUCGCUAACACCACAACUCUCAGUAAUGUCAAUGUGACCAACCAGGUACCUCCUGGCCCCACCAUCACUAGCACUCCCAGCCCUCAGCGCAGCGCCACUGUGGUGAUGGUGCAGCCUCAGAAACCUUCCCCUUCUGUAGCUGGGACGGUUAUCUCCCGGACACAGUCUAGCUUGGUGGAGUCCUUCAACAAGAUCCUCAACAGUAAAAAUCUGCUGCCCACUUACAAGCCCAACCUCAGUCCUCCAGCAGACUCUAGCCUGACCCUUCCAGUUUUCGGGUUCCGUUGCCUGGAAUGUGGCGAUUCUUUUGCCCUAGAGAAGAGCCUUGCCAGGCAUUAUGACCGGCGGAGUAUGAGAAUCGAGGUCACCUGCAACCAUUGCACCAAACGUCUGGUCUUCUUCAACAAGUGCAGCUUACUACUGCAUGCCCGAAAGCACAAGGACAACGGCUUGGUAAUGCAGUGCUCACAUCUCGUAAUGAGGCCCAUUGCACUGGAGCAAAUGAUUGGACAACCCGAUGUCACACCUCUGGUCUCUGUCGCAGUUCUGACACCAGGUAAAACAGCGACCCCAGGACCUUCUCAAGAUGCAGCAGCGACAGCCAGUACAGGAGGGGACUCUGCCAUCCUCCCCGGGAAUGGAGCCUCUGAGCAGUCUGUCUACUCCACCUUCAGGUGUCUCGAAUGCAAGGAACAGUGUAAGAAUAAGACCGGCCUGGCAUUGCACUUCCAGCAAAUUGUUGGUUCUCCCGCAUCGGGCAGCACGAUCUGCUCUUUGUGCCCCAUGAUGAUGCCGAAUCGCUGCAGCUUUGAGGCGCACCAGCGCAUGCACAAACAGGCCCCGCCUCAUGUCUGUCCAGAAUGUGGAGGGAAUUUCCGCAUGGAGAACUUCCAGGCCCACUUGAAGGAAACCUGCCUGCACUACUCCCGCAGGAUCGGGUACAAGUGUCAGAGCUGUUCUGUGGUCUUCGGAGGGGUGAAUUCAAUCAAGUCCCAUAUCCAGACGUCUCACUGUGAAGUAUUUCACAAGUGCCCCAUCUGCCCCAUGGCAUUUAAAUCUGCCCCCAGCGCUCACUCUCACAUUUAUAACCAGCACCCAGGGUUCAGCAACCAGCAGGCCAAGAUGAUCUACAAGUGUGCUAUGUGUGACACUGUCUUUACCCACAAGCCUUUGCUCUGUUCCCAUCUGGACCACUCCCACUUUGACCAGCAGCUGGGCAACCAGAGAGUCAGCGUGUUUAAGUGCCCAGACUGCCCCCUGCUGUUCGCACAGAAGCGCACCAUGCUGGAACAUUUAAAGAACACCCACAAUAGCCUAGUAAGGGAGGACCCUCCUUCUAUUCCGGAACCCCUCACACCCAAGCCGGAGCCGGUAGAGAUUCCCGUCAGCAAGUUAUCGGAGCCCAUGGAGGAAGCUGAGCCUGAACUAGAGCCUCAACCCGAGCCGGAACCCGAGAUGGAAGAGUCUUCAUCUUCUGAGCCGCCAAGCUCCCCGGAGCCACGCAAGAAAGGGGGCGCUAAAGAGCAGCGUAAGACUGACGGCCCCCGGCAAAGGAGCAACUGUUGGACUUGCGGGAUUUGCCACUCCUGGUUUCCCGAGAGGGAUGAGUAUGUCGUCCACAUGAAGAAGGAGCAUGGCAAGUCCGUAAAGAAGUUUCCAUGCCGUCUCUGUGAGCGCUCCUUUUGCUCAGCACCCAGCCUGCGCCGGCACGUCCGAGUUAAUCACGAGGGAAUUAAACGGGUUUACCCAUGCCGGUACUGCACAGAGGGCAAGAGAACUUUCAGCAGCCGCCUGAUUCUAGAGAAGCACAUCCAGGUGAGACACGGCAUCAAGAUAACCGACCAGGCGAGGAGUCAGGAGAUCUCCGUCUCUCACAUUUCCCAGAAGUCUCAGGAGACCUCAUCCAGGAAGAGGAAGUUGUCAUCAGACGAUUCUGGCAGCGACGAGUCCCCGAAAGCCAAGCACACCCCACAGAAGCCCAAGCGCCCGUUCCAGUGCCGAGCCUGCGGUUACAAGACGAGCAGCCUGGCGGAUUUCCGGCAACAUAUUCCCCAGCACCGGACAGAUGAGAGCGCCCAUCAGUGCCGGGAAUGUGGGGUCUGUUUCACUUCUCAGGGCUCCUUAAACCGCCACCGCAUCAUGACACAUAAAAUGAAGGGCGCAGCUGCUGCUGAGGAGGACGAAGAACCUCCCCAAAAAGCUGAAGAUGGAUCUGAAGGGAAACUGACCUGCCAGGUGUGCAACAAGAGCUUCGACAGCCAAUUGAACCUAAACACACACUUCAGGACUCACGGUAUGGCCUUCAUCAAACAGAGGCAGAGCGGGGGCACCGAAAACUGAGAGGGCGCUGACCUGCCCAUGUAACGUGUUCCACUUAGCGUGAUAGGAGGGCUAACAGACUCAUGAGGGAGAGGGUAUCCGUAUCCAUUCUUACUUAUUGGGCAGGAUCACUGCUUUCCAGUGCUGGUGCUUUUCAGCCUCCAACACAACAGAUCAGAGCAGCAGCUGAGAAGCAGGGGUCACUGACUCUUACUGCCUGGCUUGUCCGGCCUUCACUGAACCCCGUCUGGUGCCUGUGCCCCUCAAUCUUCCAUUAUGGUAAAACCAGCUGUGAGUUGUAUGUGAUUGUCUUUCCUCUGCCAACCCCACACACACACAUACAUUGAGCUACAAUCCAAUGGCCAAUGAGAGCAGUGCUGUGCCGGAUAGUGGAUUUACUCAGUGUGACUUGGUCAGGGCCACCAGACAUUUAUUGCCCUGCAACUAAACCCUAAAGGUGCCUUAUUGCUAUGUCUGUGUCUGGAAUAUGUCAUUGCCCCUUCAUGUUCUGCAAGAACUGACACUUGUGCUGCGGCUCAGAAACUGUCAAUACUCGCAGUGCCACCAGCGCUUCCGCUAUUGCGCCACUGCAUUCCCUGUGCCCACUACAUGCCAGGCUGGAAAGCAUGAAACUACUUCCCAGCCAACGAGAGUAUCCAAUGGGCACUGCUCGGGGCUCAUUCUAUUAACCAAUCACUGCAGCUUUUUAGACAUAAAAUAUUGCCCCCCCCCCCUUAAAGGCUCAAAUGGAUUUGGGAGGAGCCUGUUUCUCCACUGCUGUUCCUAUCAGGCUUCUCCCUGGUCACCCUCAGGGAGGGGCAAAACCUGCUGUAAAUAUGUAAAUACCUCCAUUAUAAAUAUAUAUUUUUCUGCACAGAAUUUUUUAGACCUGUAGAUCGGAUCCACGUCUCUCUCCUUGCGUGUGAGCAUAUUUUAUACUGACAAUUAUCUUUUUUGCCCUGCCGCAUGGCCCAAUGACUGGAAUGCACCCCAUCUCCCCGUGUGUACCGAUAUUAUUAUUAUUAUUAUUAUGGUUGAUGUUAGAAACCCUGCUACUUUAUGUUCAUUAUAAAGAGGAAAUGUAAGUUUUGGUUCCUCAGAGCUAACCAGAUAGUGGCGUCCUCCAGUCACAGGGCCUAUUGAGUCCAGCAGAACCCAUAACAGGCCAACACGUUUAUGAUCAAGCCCUGGAAAUGAUGGUUUUAUGUUUCCAAAAACAGAGGGGUUUUUUUUUCUUUUUUACACUAAAAUAAAGGUGAUUUGUGAAAAUGAA